UCUUCCGUCUCCGCGGUGCAUCCCGAGUGGGCGUCCGACAGCUGGCGUGCAGGCGCCUGAGCUGCAGCCAUGGCGGCUCCGCGUCCGUGCGUGGACGGGGGGACCUGCUGCUCUCGCCCCGGUGCCGUGCCCGGCGUGCAGCAGACGCUGGAGGAGAUGGACUUCGAGAGGGGAAUCUGGUCAGCAGCCCUGAACGGAGACCUGGGCCGAGUAAAGUACUUCAUCCAGAAAGCCAUGGACCCAAGUCAGCCCGACUCUGCCGGUUACACUGCUCUGCACUAUGCCAGUCGCAACGGACACUAUGCUGUGUGUCAGUUCCUGCUGGAGAGUGGGGCCAAGUGUGACGCGCAGACCCACGGGGGCGCCACUGCACUGCACCGGGCCAGCUACUGCGGGCACACCGAGAUCGCACGGCUGCUGCUAUCCUAUGGCUCCAACCCCAGGCUGGUAGACGAUGACGGCAUGACCAGUCUUCAUAAGGCCGCGGAGAACGGCCACACAGACAUCUGCUCCAUGCUGCUGCAGCACAGCCCAGCCCUGAAGGCCGUCCGGGACCGGAAAGCACGGCUGGCGUGUGACCUGCUGCCUCGCAACAGUGACCUGCAGGACCUGCUGGCCAGCUGAGCUGCCACCCCACGGGUCAGGCUGCCCUGGAAGGUUUCACUGACUCACUGUCCUUGACUCUGCCCUUGCCCUAGAUGCUCCCGAGCCUCAGGGAGGGGAACUGAGGCCAGAAGAGGCCCAUUGGGCCUCAGCAGAAGUGAGGGAUUCCAUAGGGAGAGCUUUGCAGGGGGCAGGAAGUGGUUAAGCCUGGUCUGAUGAUUAUGUUCUGAAUGCGUCCCCUUUUGGGAAAAAGAAUAAAGUGAUAUGCCGACCUCCUUCCGUAUCCAAGGUGGAAGCCCGGAUACAAGAGCACAGCUGUGCAUUCA